UGUUGUUCUCCUUAUGCUGCUUUUGUGCUGCUUGUGUCGCAGCUUCAGGAUGAUCUGGCACGCCUUUUUCAACAGCUUCCCAUACGUCUUCAGAUACAAAAAAAUUCUCCAUUUCGCUACUCCAGUAGUCAUAGUGUUCUCCUUCGAAGAUGGGGACUUGACUUGGAGAAUAUUUAAACAUGGUAGGGGUUGGAGUUGAUGCCAUGAAGGGGCUGCUAAGAUAGCUCUGAUACCAAAUUUGUUGGCGUAACGAAAACUAUAGUUGGAUUUGCCCAAGAUUUACUAGUACUGAGGUGCAGCAAAGAGAAGCAUUUUUCUGGAAUUUUAUUCUUGGGUCCAAGCAUUGAUAUUGUGACUGACACGGGAACUAGCUACUCAAACAGAAAAGACGAUAUUAGCCCUUGGGAAUAUCCUUAAUAUACAGACCCUUGCAUGCGUUGGAGGCAAAAGCAUAGGUGAGGAUAUCAGAAGACUAGAAAGUGGAGUUCAUGUGGUUUCUGGAACUCUUCGGAGAGUUUGUGACAUGAUCAAGCAGAGAACAUUGUGGACUAGAGCUAUCAAAAUGUUGGUUCUUAUAGUCAGAUACCUUCCACCAGAGCUUCUACUGGUUUAUGACAAUUUUGUGGUUUUGAUAUCUGCUACCCUUCCUAAUGAAAUUUUGGAGACGACGAGCAAAUUUAUGAAUGAUCCUAUUAGGAUUCUUGUUAAACGUGAUGAGUUGACUAUUGAGUUCUUCGUUGCAGUAGAAAGGGAGGAGUGGAAGUUUGAUACUUUGUGUGAUCUUUAUGAUACCCUUACCAUCACCCAGGCUGUUAUUUUGUGCAACACAAUGCGGAAGGUUGAUUGGCUAACUGAGAAGAUGCCUAGCAACAACUUUACUGUCUCUUCUAUGCAUGGAGAUAUGCCCCAGAAGGAGAGAGAUGCAACAAUGAAAGAGUUCCGAGAUCGUGACACCCAUGUUCUAAUCACUAUUGAUGUUUGGGCUCGAGGGCUGGAUGUUCAACAGAUAUUCAAGCAGUUCUUGCUAUCUGAAGGCUUUGUGGGGAUUCAUACGCCAAAGUUGAUAGCAGGCUCUAAUGAGGGCGGCUCAGCUAUGUUCAGGCUGGACUACAAAGGGCAACCUGCAUGUCUAGUUCAGUCACCUCAGCCUCACAAGCAAAUGGCAAUUUGUGGUGAUUUUGGCCGUGUUUUUGAGGUAGGUCAUGGUUUCAGAGCAAAGGAUUCCUUUACCCACCCACAGACAUUUGUACAAGUUUACAGGUUUUGAUGUUGAGAUGGAGAUCAAGGAGGCACUAUUCUGAGGUUAUGGACAUCGUGGACCGCUUGUUUGUUGCACUGUUUGACAGUUUGGAUGAAAGAUUUCAGAAAGAGCUUGAAGCCAUGGAAAACAAUAUCCAUUUGAGCCUUUAAAGCUGUAUCCGUAUCGUAUUCGUAUCCUAUAAUCCAUGCUUCAUAGCUAUACACUUGUUUGUGUUGACUAUUGAGAUUGAUUGGUUGUACAGUACUUGAGAAAGGCCUUCGGCUUACUUUUCAAGAGGGGGUCAAAUUGCUCAAGCCAAUUCCAAAUGAUCGACAGUCCGCUUACUGCAAGCUCUUGAAGUGCUUCGUUGUUGUCUCUGUCAAUGCCCCUCUUCUUUCUUCGUUUUAUCCGGACUGUUGUUCGUCCCAACACGAGGCACUGGAAGCGACAAAGCUGGUGUUAGACAUAAUUAGCAAUAACAGAACCGAUGCACAGUUCUUAGAGAGGAUGAUGCUAGAGAUUGAAGGGCGGGCCUAAACUAGCCAUUCUCAAUUGCAUGUUAGCACAAAUGACGAUAAGGAUGCCAACCAAACCCUUUCCGUUAAUUCUUACAUCGGUUGUGCUAAUGGGUCGACUGAUCCAGAAGUGGUUAAAACACAAGAAACUGAUCCUUUGGUGGAGUUGCUUGGGAAAAUUUUAUGACAGGAGAUUCGAAGUGAUGGAGGAUCUGAGAUUUGGAGACAAUACGGAAGCUGGCACAAACUUAAAGGGAAACCGCUUAAUAAAGAAUAUUUAAAGCUUAAAGCGCGUCGGAGGCAUCCAAGACUUAAAGAUGAUCAAGAGUGGAGUGAUCGGAUUUCUAAGCCAAGGAAGGAAGCCUCGAAGGAUAUACCCGAAAGCACCAAAGGCCAAGAGGAGGCCCGAAGCACUAAAGUUGCAGAUAAAGGCUUUGGUAUCGAUACCAAAGUAGCAGAGGUAUCAAUACCAAGUGAGUUAGAAGGAAGGAGCUUAGUAGCUUCGGUACCGUCACCAAAUCAGCAGAGGUAUCAGUACCAAGGGCCUUCAGAGCAGAAUUUUUAGGGCAUCUUUGGGAUAUCCCGUAACGUGGUGUGAUAUAAAUUCGAUGUGAUGUCACAAAACAAGACAACUAGAUAUUAUUGUAUUUGUAGAUGUAGACUAGAUUUAGAAUUUCUUGUUGCUUACUCUUCAUUGUUUUUAUUGUUCUUGCUUAAUUCCCACAUUUUCUACCUUAGAUUCUUGUAGUUUGUUAUUUUGUUCUUAUUAAAGUUGUAGCUACGCUCUCGAUCUAUAUAAAUCUCUAAUUUAUUUCAA